GGCAGGACAAACCAGCCUCCGCCGUACUUUCAACAAUGAGCAGUCCCCUGAGACAGGAGGCUACAACAUAUUAUCAUCCAUUGUUUCCAGUCAACACGCCACAUUGUUAGUGGCUGACCAGGAGAAAAGCUCAUUUAAAACGGAGAGGAGAGACACUCGGCGGGAUUCAUCAUGUCAGUCAAGCUUCCUAAGAGGCUGAGCAGCAAAAAGAAAAAACCUCCAAAGGACAAUGCCCAGGUAGAGGCUCUAAAUAAGCUGGGCCUGGAGGCAUUCUGGACUACACCACUGGACCCAGCAUCUAUGUUGGACAUCAGCACUUGGGCUCUAGAGAACCAAUCUCUUCUAGAGCCCAAGGAUCUACCAAAUGCUUUCCUCCAACGCCUAUGGCUCCUUAGCCCAGAUGCCCGGAGUCCUUGCUGCAAACCUCUGCAUGAUGUUGUGAACAAUGACAACAAAUCCUCUGAGGAGAUGAUCAAUGGUUUUGGAGAAAGCCAGUGUGUCAUCAACCCCCUUGAUCUAGUUACAGCUGUCUUUAUGUCUGCCAACACUUUCCUUCAGCAGGAGAUGACUGCACACAUGAUGCAAUGCCAAUUUGCUGUGCCCCUAGUCCUUCCAAACAUAGAUCCAGAAGAACCUAGUCGCUUCCUUCUUUGGCCCUUGAGAGGUGUUGUGAGCCAAUGGAGGUCUCACUUUCCAGAUAAAAACAGGGAGGUCCACGAAGGGAAUUUGGGGGAUGGAAGGAGGACAGCUGCCCCGAAGACUCUCAAAUGGCCUGGUCGAGAUCGGAUGGUAUCUUCCCACUGGAGACACUGCCAGAGAUAUUUUCCCUGUCCCUGUCGUCAUCUCUAA